GGUAAAACCACCAUCCUGUACAAACUGAAGCUGGGCCAGUCCGUCACCACCAUCCCUACCGUGGGCUUCAACGUGGAGACGGUUACUUAUAAAAACGUCAAGUUCAACGUGUGGGAUGUCGGGGGUCAGGACAAGAUCCGGCCCCUCUGGAGGCACUACUACACGGGCACGCAAGGGUUGAUCUUUGUGGUGGACUGCGCCGAUCGUGACCGCAUCGACGAGGCCCGCCAGGAGCUUCACCGCAUUAUCAACGACAGGGAGAUGCGGGACGCCAUCAUCCUCAUCUUCGCCAACAAGCAGGACCUGCCUGAUGCCAUGAAACCCCAUGAAAUCCAGGAGAAACUGGGCCUGACCCGGAUCAGGGAUAGGAAUUGGUACGUGCAGCCCUCCUGUGCUACUACAGGGGAUGGACUCUAUGAAGGGCUGACAUGGUUAACAUCCAACUAUAAAUCCUAAUGAGAGAAUAACUAUUUAGUCUACAAAGAAUUAAAGAAAAAAAAAAUAACCCACAUGGCUUUCCAGAAGAAUGAUUCUCUACUGAAAAGUAAAAACAAAAGCAUCCAUAGGAUUAUGAUCACCUUUCUCCAGUUACCACCCUUUCCUUCUGCAAACUUGACUGGAUUCCUGUUUUAACUCUUCUUGCUUGGCGUUAGGAUGCUCUAAUCUCCGAAUAUGACACGAACACAAGCACUAGAUGCUAUGGCAGACUUCCAGCAAACAGGGGAAAGACACAUUGUAGACUUGCUAAGUAACUUUUCUUUUUUUUUCCCCCCCUCUUGAUAGCCCUUAAGAUGGUUUGAUUAUUUUGGGGGAUGGUUGGGGGAGGGGUUCCAUUUUCAGUGUAUGCUUUCUGGUUCUACUUUUUUAUUAUCUAUUUUUUUUUCUCCUUCUGUCACUUGCUGUAGAUUGCUGCUUUUUUGCAUUCACGCAGAAUAUGUUGAUAGGUCUCCUUCAUCUAGUAAACUGAAAAUUAUUGCUUAAAAA